AAGCUAAUAAAGUCUUUGAUCUGAGAAGAGAAAUGACAGUUGGGAUUAAUUUUUAAGUCACUGGCCCUGGCUGUUAUUACUAUGACUACUCCUAUUACAAUGACUGCUUCUACUGCCACUACUAUCACCGUUGCUUUAAUAUCUGCAGUAACAAAGAACCGUUUGUAGUGCUCAAAGAUCCUUGCCCUUGUCUGUAUGUAUAUUUCUAUGGCUGUUUAUACACAUGUGCACACGUUGCCUACAGUGAAAGGCAGCAAGGUGAGGAAGACGCAUAGCUGCAUGCAAGUGCCGGUGGCAUCAUUCCCUUUGGCAUCUGCUCCAGAACACUGAAAACGAAACUAAAAGCAAUUCACAAGUGUUUCUGUGCUGAGGCAGUUUGCUUUGUGGUGAAGCAAGCUGUGUUGUAGGAGGAUGGUCCCGGCUGCUGCCAGCGUGACCUGCCCCCGAGCCCCUGCACCAUGAGGUGGGAUGCUCCAGGCCCAAAGGCAGGAGAAGUGGUACUGUUUUUUGCUGUUGAGCCAUCUGUUCCUUGCAGUGGUCCUUGACGAGCAUUCUUGCUGGACCACUGGGUGCCCAGACAGCGACCUGAAAGUUACCAAGGUUGACUUCCUCAAGAGCCAGAACUCGGUGCAGCACCACACGGAUGCGUACAACACCUCAAACCUGGUGGUGCGGCGUGGGCAGCCCUUCCUGCUGCAGCUGACCCUCAGCAGGGAGCUGCGAGCCGCCGACAAGCUGUCACUGCAUUUCAGCAUCGGUGAAAGGCCAAUGGAGCCCACAGGGACCCUGAUGUCACUGAACCCCAGGAGCACGAGGAAUGUCAGCGGUUGGCAAAUCGCCAUCAUCAAGUCCAGUGGCACAGAGUGCACGCUGUCUGUCACCAGCGCACCCAAUGCUGCCGUGGGAAUAUAUGGACUGAUGGUGAAGACUGGCCCUAAUAUUUACAAGCCCGAGAAGAACACUGUCUACCUUCUGUUCAACCCUUGGUGUGAAGGUGAUAUUGUCUUCCUGUCCAACGAGGCUGAGAGAAAGGAGUACGUACUCAACGAUACGGGCUACAUCUAUGUUGGGUCUGCCUUCAACAUACACAGCAAACCCUGGAAUUUCGGGCAGUUUGAGGAAUCAAUCCUGGAUGCCUGCAUGUACCUGCUGGACAAAAGCAAACUCAAGAUGAGCAGUAGAAGGGAUCCUGUGGUUGUAUCCAGAGCCAUGUCUGCUUUGGUGAAUGCCAACGAUGACAAUGGUGUCGUGCUGGGAAACUGGUCAGGGAAGUACGAGAACGGGACUUCCCCCAUGGCAUGGAUUGGGAGCGUCGCAAUUUUGCAGCAGUAUUACAAAACCAAGAAGCCUGUCAGUUAUGGUCAAUGUUGGGUCUUCUCAGGAGUCCUCACUACAGUCAUGCGCUGCCUGGGGAUCCCAGCCCGCAGUGUGAGCAACUUCAACUCGGCGCAUGACACCGAUGAGAACCUGAGGGUUGAUGUCUACCUGAACGAGAAAGGAGAAAAACUGAAAUGGAUGUCCUCUGACUCCGUCUGGAACUUCCACGUGUGGAAUGAUGUCUGGAUGAAGCGGAAGGACCUGCCAUCAGGGUUUGAUGGCUGGCAGGCAAUCGACGCGACCCCUCAGGAGCAAAGUCAAGGUACUUUCCAGUGUGGCCCGUGCCCACUGAAGGCCGUCAAAGAGGGAGACGUGUAUUUGCCCUACGACAGCAAGUUUGUGUACGCGGAAGUGAACGCCGACAAGGUCUACUGGCGCGUCAAGGAGGAGAACGGCAGGAACAAGUACACCAAGCUGGGUGUGGAGAGCCAGAGCAUCGGCGCCAACAUCAGCACAAAGGCUGUGGGGCAGAACAGGCGGGAGGACAUCACCUGGCAGUACAAGUUCCCUGAAGGCUCUGCAGAGGAAAGGGCAUCCAUGAAGAGAGCUGUAUCCUACCUGCAGCCCUCGGGGUUGACGCCUCGUUCACGCUUUGCUGCAGUCCCCAUGGAAGUGAGCCUAAGAAACGUGAGUGACAAGGACACGGUUCAAAACGAGGUGGUGCCCAAGUCUGGGGUCCAGCUGGAGAUAACCAACGAGAAGCCUCUGUGUCCUGGUAAUCCCAUUGAGGUGACCAUCACCGUGAAGAGCACUGUGGCCGGGAGCUGGACUGUCGACCUUGCCAGCUCCUGCCAGCUGCAGUCCUACACUGGGAAAGUCCAUGCCAAUCUUGGAUACGUCAAGCAGACUGUCAAGGUGGAAGGCCAAUCUGAGGUGCACGUCCCGCUGAAGAUCAUGCCCGAUGCUUACAUGAAAGCAUUGGCUACAGUGGAUGAUGAAGAGCACGUCCACGUCACUGCCAUUGCUGAGAUCCAGGGGACACCUGAGAAGCUCACCAAGGAGGCGUCACUGAGCUUCGAGUACCCUCCCAUCCAGGUCCAGAUGCCAGAAACGGCAAAGGUGAACAACGACUUCACCUGUGCCUUCAUCUUCAAGAACAAGCUGAACGUUCCCCUGGAUAACUGCAAGCUGAUGGUGGAGGGCUUGGGCAUAUUUAAGAUGGCGACAUUUGAUGAAGGGGAUAUACAGCCAGGCAGGAUUAUUAAGUCUGAAGUCAUAUGCACUCCAACGAGAGUAGGAGAGAAGAAGAUCGUGGCCAGGCUGACCUCCAACCAGGUCAAAGACAUUUCGGUGGAGAAGGCCAUCACGGUCACCCACUAGGAACAGCACCAUGGCAGUGGGCAGAAGGGGACCCUGAACACGUGACGGCUGCGGGUCACUGCCACCACUCCUCUCCUUGACUGCGGGAUAGAGCUUGAUGAGCAAAGAACUGCAAUCCCAUUAAGCAAAGGGAAUUACACUGAUGUAAAGGCCAUAGCUGCUUUGAUUGCAGCUGACUGUGAUUCAAUAAAGAGUGUUAAAAUCAA